GGUCGAGGAGUGCAACGCCUAUCCUGUCACCGAUUCCCUCGAGCAUUAGCUCUUGCGCCUCAGGUUCUUGCUGUUGCCGCGCGCCCAAUUUCCGUCACGUGCUGUCACCCGGCCAUUAUCACUACUACGUCGUCGACAUUCAAAAGCCGCAAUAUCUGCUGGAGCAAUGCCCAAUGCGCUGCACAUGUACCCAUCCGUGGUGUUGCUGCUGUGGGUCUGGGUCACAGGUGUGAUACUCCAAAUCAUUGUCAUGGUAGGCUGGUGGACCUAUCGCUACGAACGAGAGACCAGAUCAAGCCGUGGGCGGCACUACCGUCCUGCAGACCAAGACGAUACUACCGACUGUGCGUCGAUUGCAAGGGAUCGCAGGACGUCGGUGGACGUGCCGGAACUAAACACGCGGCGGUAUUCUGUGGAGCGUAUAAAGAAAAGAGAGGAGACCGCAAGACUCCAUGCUAAGCCAGCACGUACUGGCGCAGAAGACGACGGCGAGGGAAGCGACGUCCACGUCUUCAAGUGGAAGCAGCUUGCACGUCGGUCGGCUCUCGUCACGCUUCUCGUGGCUUCGGCUAAUGUUAUCACGACUACGAUUGUGCUCAAGCUGCGUACUGGGUCUAAUGAGGAGCAACCAUACGAAUGGUACUCGCUAGAGAACACUGGGAAAAGACUGUUCCAGGAUACGCACAAGCUGCCGGUAGAUAUUAUGAACACGUGCAAAUAUCGCGAUGCCAUGGCAGAUUACACGGAAUUUCGGACAUUGGAUUCAAUCGUUGAGCGUUAUAAGAGACAACGCGGCGAAGUGAACGCCCUGCAGACGGUAGUGUACUUGGUGCCUUUCGACUACAACCACGUGCUGGAGCUGAGUCCGGAUCAAAUGGUCCCCAUUGUAGAGCCGCUACCAAAGUUCUGGACAGCGUCGAGUCCGUCUGGUGAUGGCAACAGAGAUGCAGCUGCGAUCGUAGUCUCGGGUUUUGAUAAGGCACGUCCUGUGGACGAGAUCACGCUGUUCCCGUACUUGUGGCACAGUCUUCUCGGCCCUUACUUCGACUCUCGUGUGGAGACACCAAUCGAUGAACCUUGGACUCGUAGAAUUGAUGCUCUGAAUCUGGAAUUCCGCAUGAUUCACAACGCACAGGAGCUACGAAGUCUACCAGCUAGGAGCAAUCUCUUCGUAUUAGCGCAGUCACUCGAUUGUGUCCAUCGUUUCUUCGAGAACGACGCGCUCCCUUCUGACCCUCGUGUCGGGUUCCUCACGAUGUCGAAAGAAAGCUGCAACAAUCCCAAUCCCGAGCGCUUCUUGGACAACGCAGCUAUUAAGUUCGGGCUCAUCCCGUACGGCGACUGUGCUCUAGUAGAUGGGAAACGAUUCGCGUCACUACCGCUAGGACCCAGCUUUGAGCAUGGCUUCCCAUUGAACGCGCACCGCCUCAACCCACCGCGUCCUCUUGCGACUGGUAUCGGUCGUAGAUUCCUGUUGAAUCUCAUGGUCAGCUGGACUAUUGAGAAGCCGACCCGAGUGCAAGCUAUGAUGGCUGCGCUGCAAGUAUGCGGGGAUUUAGAGAGCGUCACACGAGCCAACACCCGACGCUGUGUUGUAGAACACAACGACAUGUUGUUCAAGGUUCUACAAGCUGUGGACAAGCGCAUGGGUACAGCUUGGCGCUGGUAUUUGUCGGCUGCACCAGCUGCUUAUGUCUCUACAUUGCAGCAGUCAGUGUUUACCAUUUGUCCGCUAGGGAAGAACCCAGAGCAGUACCGAAUCUGGGAGGCGUUAUCGUCCGGCUCAAUCCCUAUUGUUGAGGAGUUACCGGCACAAUGCCAGCCCCCUGGAGUGUUUUAUCACCCGACAUAUCCUGAUUCGUGGCGCUGUGUGCCUGAAGAUGUUCAUGGCGUGCUUCGUCGCUUGCAUGCACCUGUAUUGUUCGUGAGCGACUGGAGACGAGAUCUCCCAAGACUGAUGAACCAGUAUUUCAAGAAGGCGAACGAGAAUGGCGAUAAUUUAUUAACGAACUCCAGUGAAAGCAGUGGAGAGUGGGGAGAAUGGACUCCGACCGAGGAGCUGCUGGCCCUGCAAGCACGUACUCGCUCGUGGUACGUUGGUCUCAAUCACCAUUUACAGUCAGAUUUUAUCGACAAGGUCGUCACUCAUUUUGCAGUAACUAGGUAA